AUGUCAUCCAAGACUUCGGAUCUUCACCACGUCAAGCUUCGCCGAGCAGAUCAUUUUGCGAGACCCAAGCUUUCGCGCCCCGGGCACUACCGCGGUACACAACUCGUGGCGGAGAUUGAGAAGCUCAAGCACGUCAAGCGUGGACUCUCCCAUGAGUCACACGUGAGCAUUAUUCAACUUCUCUCAGAUGGACGCAAUCCUCAUUGGUACACCCUGGAAGCCUUUCCCAACGAUGUAUAUCUUUACGAGCUCCUCGGAUCAGCAGCGAGACGGAAGACCCCCAUCCCCUCGCACUUGAUCUACCACUUCUUUCUUCAACUCCAUUCGGCCAUUUCCAUCCUCUUGGGCAAAUGCAAAGUGUCCCUCCCUUUUCUGAAUGAAACCGACAUUAUGCUCCGCUUCCCCGGAAAGGGGCACGAGUGGCUACCAGACGCCGUCAUAGUCAACUUCGCAGAUGGAUGCAUGCAAAACUCGACUUGUAUGCAAUUCAAAACGAUCAGCAACUUCCGAGAGAUCAUGCUCAAAUGCAUGCGGGCUGGACGGGUAUGCAACCCUUCCCAGGACCAACCUCCGCCUGAUCAAGGAAAAAAGGAGCAUGACCCUGCGUGGUUGCGGCUCCUAGGCGUACUAAAGAGCGAAAAUGAGGGCUUGGAUGGGUUCACGAACAUCGUCGGGAUACUACAGGACGCCCGGAGUGACGGUCUGAGAGAUCCGAUUGCUUGUGUGAAGCGGGUGGACCUCCUCAUUGGUGUCAACUAUACGGGAUUUGGGCAAUUCCAGAUGGUUAGGGGUGUCAGUCAGGCUAUUUCUAUUCUCCUUUCAUUUCUGAAAAACCCCCUGGAUCAUCGACUUGUGAAGGCAUUCACACUAUUCAAAGACUCUACUUUAGCCCCUGCGUCGAAGAUGAAUUACCACAGAACCAGUGACGAAGUCCGCGAACGCUUAAACCAAGACGUAGUCACCAUCUGCCGUGCCGGCGGAGGCAGCUAUGCGAUCUCUCCGCCAGAAAGUCAUCGCGGUGAAGUCGUCUCACAGGACCGCACUAGCGAGAAACCUAAUGACGGUCGAAAUCAACACGAUGAACGAGAUCCAGCGGCUGCUGCAGACCGCCGACCGCCACAAGCCCAGCCUAGUGCAUAA